AUGCAUCUCCAAUUUGUAAUGUAUCACCACCUGCUCCCGCUCCAGACGCACACAAAAAAAAGCACUUUCUUAUCUCAUCUCUUUCUGAUAAACAAGUACAUCAUCAACACCAAAAUGGCUCAGGGAAACUUGAAACUAAAGUCCAAGGGCCCAGCAAGAAUAACAAAGAAACAGCAAAACCCCAAAAGAGCAGCUCCUAAAAUCAUCAAACCCAAAAAGCAAACCGCAAAAGAAGCACAGAAAUUGACUAAAGUUCAUCAAGGUCAAUUGAUGAAAAGUACUGAAAAGUUGAUUGCUAGUAGAGUAGGUCAUUUGGAAUUAUUGAAAGGAACAAGAAGGGAAAUUGAAAAGGAAAACAAAGGUGACAAGAAAAAGAAAUGA